CGAGCCCGAGCCCAGGGCAGCGGCGGGAGCCUCGGGAGCCUCGCGAGCUGCGGCCCGCGCCCUGCGCCGCGACGCCUGCUCGUUUCCUCCAGGUUCUCAGCCCCGGGUGCUGAGCUCGGGUCUAUAAAUAGCAGGUUACAGCUCCUCGGCGCUCACUCGCUCACACGCGAACGCCGGAAAGUCGGGCUAAAAGUGUCUGCUGCUGCUGCUGCCGCCCCCCGCUCAGCCUCCGGGAGAGAUUUACAGCAAAAUCGAGAAUACGGAGACUUCCUGUAUCCCUUACACACUUUCCCCUGUCGGACCUUCCUAUGUGCUGAUUAUUGAAUUAAGUACUGAAGGAGAGAGACAAGAGACACAAGAUACAACCACCCUUGAGGAAGUUAAAAUAUAGAUGGGAGACAAGACAGCACAUGAAAACCUGAGAAGGCAAGAACCAAAAGAAAUGGUGUUACCUGGCAAGAGAUCUCCUGUGUUUUAUGAGAAAUCAGACCAAGAGCCCUGAACCCAGCAAAACAAUAGUCAAAGAGCAGAGCUGUUGAGGAAUACAACAUAAAUAAGAAUUUUAGAGUGAGACAUCAAACCCUUAGUGUGAAGAUAGAUCUACCAGAAAUCAUUGACUGGUGACAUUUGGAACAGAAUACUUGGCAAAUUAAACAAUUGCAAAGGACAAUCAUGGAAAUCAAAGAGGAAGGAGCAUCAGAAGAAGGCCAGCAUUUUCUUCCCACGGCCCAGACAAAUGAAAGCAGGGGCACUCAGUUCACAAGUAUUCAGAAGUUUCCAAACGAACCACAAUUGGAAUUCAUCCUUGCAUGCAAGGAUCUCGUGGCUCCUGUCCGUGAUCGGAAACUGAACACAGUGGUGCAGAUCUCUGUAAUCCACCCCGCGGAGCAGAGUCUGAUAAGAUACUCCAGCACUGAAAUUGUGGAGGGGACAAGAGACCCACUGUUUCUGACUGGUGUCACAUUCCCAUCCGAGUAUCCCAUCUAUGAGGAGACCAAAAUAAAACUAACCGUCUAUGAUGUCAAGGACAAGUCUCAUGACACUGUUCGAACCAGUGUCCUACCUGAUCAGAAAGAUUCCCCACCAGAAGUUGGGCGAAGCUUCUUGGGUUUUGCUAGUUUUAAAGUGGCGGAGCUACUGAAGUCGAAGGAGCAACUGCUGUCCCUCAGCCUGAGAACUUCAGAUGGUGGCAAAGUGGUCGGCACCAUAGAAGUCAGUGUCGUGAAGAUGGGGGAGAUCGAGGAUGGGGAAGCCGACCACAUCACAACAGAUGUGCAGGGACAAAAGUGUGCCCUGGUAUACGAAUGUAUGGCCCCAGAAAGUGUGAGUGGAAAAGAUAAUUUACCUUUUUUGAAUGCAGUGUUAAAGAAUCCAGUGUGUAAAUUAUACAGAUUUCCCACAUCUGACAAUAAGUGGAUGCGCAUCCGGGAGCAGAUGUCAGAGAGCAUACUUUCUUUUCAUAUUCCCAAGGAACUGAUUUCCCUUCACAUAAAAGAAGAUUUGUGUAGAAACCAGGAGCUGAAAGAGCUUGGUGAGCUCUCCCCACACUGGGACAAUCUACGGAAGAACGUUCUUACUCACUGUGAUCAAAUGGUGAAUAUGUACCAAGACAUUCUGACCGAGCUUAGCAAGGACACAGGGUCCUCUUUCAAAUCAAGCAGCAGCAAAGGAGAGAAAACAUUAGAAUUUGUUCCAGUGAAUCUACACCUGCAAAGAAUGCAUGUACACAGCCCUCACUUGAAAGAUGCUGUCUACGAUGUCAUCACGGUGGGAGCCCCAGCUGCCCAUUUUCAGGGAUUUAAGAAUGGUGGUCUUCGGAAACUACUCCAUAGAUUUGAAACAGAAAGGAGAAAUACUGGGUACCAGUUUAUUUACUAUUCACCUGAAAAUACAGCGAAAGCAAAAGAAGUUCUCAGCAACAUCAAUCAACUACAACCUCUGAUAGCGACCCAUGCGGACCUGCUGCUUAAUUCUGCAAGCCAACGUUCUCCAGACAGCCUGAAGAAUUCUUUAAAGAUGCUUUCAGAGAAAACAGAGCUUUUUGUACAUGCCUUCAAGGAUCAGCUGGUCAGGAGUGCGCUUUUAGCACUCUAUACUGCAAGGCCAGGAGGCAUCCUUACCAAACCACCCUCUCCUAGGAGCAAGGCAGAGGAGAGCUCUCCCCAGGACCAACCCCCACGGAUGAGAAGGCAGGACUCCAUACCGCAUCAUUCAGAUUACGAUGAGGAAGAGUGGGAUAGGGUGUGGGCCAACGUGGGGAAGAGCCUGAACUGCAUUAUUGCUAUGGUAGAUAAACUGAUUGAGAGAGAUGGCGGUAGCGAAGGCUACAGCGGAGGCAGCAAAGAUGGAGAGAAGGACUCUUCGCUAGAGGACUCCAUCACCUCUCACCCAAGUGAGGACUGGUGUGAGCAGCUGCGCCCCCUCGUGCUCGCCCUGAAGGACUGCAUGGGAGAAGUGGUGAGCAGAGCCAAGCAGUCGCUGACCUUCGUGCUGCUCCAGGAGCUGGCCUGCAGCCUGCCCCAGUGCCUGACGCUCACUCUGCGAAGAGACGUCGUCUUCAGCCAAGCACUUGCUGGAUUGGUUUGUGGUUUUAUCAUCAAAUUACACACGAGUUUGCAUGACCCCAAUUUCCUGCAGCAGCUUCACACGGUGGGGUUGAUUGUCCAAUAUGAAGGACUGCUGAGUACCUACAGUGAUGAAAUUGGGAUGCUAGAGGACAUGGCUGUUGGCAUUUCUGACUUGAAGAAAGUAGCAUUUAAAAUAAUAGAAGCCAAAUCCAAUGAUGUCCUGCCAGUUAUAACAGGAAGACGUGAACACUAUGUGGUAGAGGUCAAGCUUCCAGCUGGAAUGUUUGAGUCACUACCUGCACAGAUUAAAGAAGGACAGUUACUCCAUGUGCAUCCAGUACUUUUUAAUGUUGGGAUCAAUGAACAGCAAACUCUCGCUGAGAGGUUUGGAGAUGUCUCUUUGCAAGAAAGUAUUAACCAUGAAAAUUUUGAACUUCUAAAAGAAUAUUACACAAUAUUUAUGGAAAAGAUGCCUCCUGAUUACAUUUCACACUUUCAAGAACAAACCGAUUUAAAAGGAUUACUAGAAAAUCUUCACCAAAAUAUCCAAGCCAAAAAAAGGAAGAAUGUCGAAAUCGUGUGGCUGGCUGCAACGAUUUGUCGCAAGCUAAAUGGUAUUCGUUUCACCUGCUGCAAGAGUGCCAAAGACAGGACGUCGAUGUCAGUGACGCUAGAGCAGUGCUCCAUUCUGAGGGAUGAGCAUCAGCUGCACAAGGACUUCUUCAUCCGUGCUCUGGACUGCAUGAGAAGAGAAGGAUGCCGCAUAGAGAAUGUUCUGAAGAACAUCAAAUGCAGGAAGUAUGCUUUCAACAUGCUGCAGCUGAUGGCUUUCCCCAAGCACUACAGACCUCCAGAGGGCACUUAUGGAAAAGCUGACACCUAAGAGUGCCAACAUGUAAAUAAACAGCAACACAAACAUGCUCAGUUGGAUGAUCUCCACCUUGGUCUUUUAUUAUUAUUAUUGUUGUUAUGAAUUUAUGGGGGAAAGUGAUCAUGGAUGUUUGCCCAAAUCUAGGAACUACUUGAACACCCAUCGGCAUAUGACUCUGAAAGGAAUCUAUUUUAAAACUCCUAGGUAACGCUGCCAUUUCUAAUUGCAGGCACCUUGUUGCUGACCCUCACAAAGUGGUUGAUAUUAAUUCAGAAAGUAUAAAUUUCAGUCAUGGAUUAUUUAAAUGAAGAGCAUCUAAGAAAACAGAGGUUGCUUGGAUAGGACCAGAGAUAAUUCAGAGUGACCUUCUCCAUCCAAAGUGAAGAAAGGAGAGAGUAAAGGGGACAAAAAGUUCAAGUUAUGCCUUGAUUGCAUCAUAGCCUUGAUUGCAGACAAAGUUAGAGUCACCUUAGGGAGUUAUUAAAUAUCUUUCUAGCAAAUCAAAAUCAGGUAAAGUUAACUCAUGACACUGACUACUAAAAUGGUAUGCAGAUACGUUUGUAAAGACCUUUGUCAUCCAGAUGAGAAGUGACUCCUGCACCUAACCAGGUAGAUAAACACAGCAGUAUACACACCUUUCCAAACUGGCAUCUUUUCAAAGCUCCUAUUUGUGUUGUGUGACCCAGCCUUAGAAGUGGUGAUGCAGAUAAUUUAAUGAUAUAAUAGGCAAAACCCUGCAAGGGACUGAAAUAAAUUAAAAAUGAAGAGCCUGUUGAUACCCACGCUGAAAAUCCCCAUCAGUUGAAAUUUAUGCAGUGAAGUUCAUGAACUUCAUAAGAAAUAUCUUUGAGAUGCUUUCUAGCAGCCAUCUUGGUGGGAGUGUGCAUUUGGAAUAGGUUAGCUGGGGUAAAUAAACCUUCAAGGCAUGUGCAACUAUAACUAAUAGUAAACGAACACAUUAAUUUUCUGUUAAUCUGAGUUUUAAAUUUUUAAAUGUGAAAUUUGUUAAUUUUCCCAAUUCCAAAGUAGAAACUUGCCUUAGAGAUCAUCUUCUGUGAUACCAGUAUUUGAAAACUUGGUAAAUUAAGGAAUCAUGAUUACGAUCUCUUCUUACCAGUAGUCCUACUUUUCUUCAUUUCCUGGCUUCUGGCUUGUCCUUUGUCUACAUUCCUAUGCUAAAUAUACACCAAAAUUAAGGGAGGAUCCUAUGCUAUUUAAUUUAAAUAGAAAUGAGGAUCUAUCACUGCAAUGGAAGUUUAGAGACUAGAAAUUGGAACAAAUGAAGUUGAUUUUCUCCAGAUUUUAAGAAUUACUUUUUUCCUUACUCAUCCAUGGAACAUGCCACCCACAGCAGGAAUCCUCUUUGGGAACACUGGGGUCUUAUCACAUAGACACCUCUCAGCUGUGACUACAUUUAGCAGAUGGCAUGGUGGGGCCUUCCAUAGCUAAUAAGAUACCUAACCCUAACGUUAACCAAACUCCUUGGCUACAGUGCAGUUGAAACUUAAGACUUCAAACAAAUCUCCAGUACUAUGUUGUAUUUCUCAAAUUGCUACAAGUGUAAGAUAGCUCUUUGAGGGUUCUCCUACUUGAAUUUUAAAUUUAUUAUUUUAGCUGGAGACCAAAGGGAGUUACUAAAGCAGUUGCCGAGAUGUUUACAGCCUUUUUUAAUGAAAAUGUGCUGUAUACUCUGGGCAUAUUCAUGGGUAAAAUUAUCCUGGGAGUCUGUCCUACCUCAUUUCCAUUUCAGUGAUUAUUAAAUAUGAUCUUUGAAUUGUUUGAAUGAAUUUCAGAAUGGUGGGAUUCAUCGUUCUUUUUUUUUCCAUUAUCCCUUUGGAUUUAAGAUAAAGAUGUUCAAGAUGGUGUAGGUCUCUUUGGAUACUGUAAAGCUUCAUUUAGUAUAUCAAAUGGCAGUCUUAGUUCUAAGAGACCUUACAUGAAUUAUCAACCCAUAAAUUUUUAUAUGAAAUAAUUAAUUAUAUUUUUAAAAACAAAACCUCUUAGAUAUUGAAAAAAAUAUUAAUUAUCUAGAAAGCCAGGCUUAAGAUUUUCUAUAUUUAGAAGUCAUUUCAUAGAUUUUUAAAAUUAAAUUCUAACAUACGUGUUGCAAAGGAUAGAGUUUGAUGUAAUGCUAAUGCAUAAAAAUUUUCAUUUAUCAUUAGCAUAGUCAUCAGCAUAUCCUUAUAAAAACACACACACAUAUAUAUAUGUAAAAGUUAAUUUCACCAAGAAAAUUCUUAUUUCAUAAACAUUCCUGCUCCUUUCUGAUAGUGCAAAUAUCCUGGGGAAGCCACUUAACUGUUUCUAUUAUGAAAGCUUUCUGAUUAAAUGUUAAACAAAAAAUGUUUUUAAAUCUUCCUUGAACACAUAUAGUAACAGUCAUGUUUUUCUAUCUAUAUUUUCAUUUAAAAUAUAUACAGCAUGCCUAUUUGAGGAGAUCAUAUUGUGCCACACAUGAACAACAACAAAAAAAAUCACAUUUCCAAACAACACAGUUAUUUGGCUAUAAAAUGUGUUUCCCUUCUACUCUCAUUUAAUGUAGGUAUCAAAGUUGAACUGAUCAUUUAUAGAUCCCUAGGAUAAACAAGGAAAGUUACAAUCUUGAUUGUGGUUGACCCAGUGACAAAUGUCCAGAGUCUGAAAAUGUUUCCCAAAAUCAUUAAACACAAAUUUUUGAAAUAUUUGAUUGAAGCAGAUUCACACUUUGGUAUACCCAUUCAUUUCAUUUCUCAUAUGGUUAGUUUUUUCUCAUAAAUUUUGCUUCGAGUUUAAUCUACACAUUGCAGGACAGCUUUUUGUUGCAUGUAGCUUGUUAAGUCCCUUAAUCCAGUGGAUCAUAGCAAGCACCUGAUCCAGGUGAUGAAUUAUACUAAAAUGGUCAUCUCCCUGUUUAGGGCAGUAUUCCAUGUCUCUAGCCUCCAGUCAUUCAUAAGACCACAAAAUAUCUCCAACACCUCUUCUGGAAAAACUGUAAAUCCCUAAAAUUUACCAUUGGAUGGGGGA